AUGCCGGCUGGGUAUUUCAUCGAGGCGCAAAGGAUCGACCUCAAAUUCGACAGCUACAGAAAACAGGACCGCGACGAUGAUAUGAAGCAUGGCUUCAGAGUUCGGUUUAUUCUCAGUCUCGGCCGUUUCAGCUUAUGCUAUUGUGUUAUUGUCAUGACGCGUCAGCCCCUUAACUUCCGCUCGAUAACCCAGGCAAGAAGUGAGGAUGGGUAUGUCUUCGUUUACUUUCGCAUGAAAUCCAUGCCAUCCAGAGACAUUGGCAAAGGUUAA